AUGACCCGUCGUUCUCACGCCCCUCAGGGUGACCGCUUGCGCUACGAAGAGGCGGUGUUGGUGGCAGCGCGCAUCAAAGUAUACAGCAGGCGCCGGCGACCUUCCGCACCACCCAGCCAUCGCCCGUUCAAUUCCCCUCCUCCGGCUGUGGAAUGGCAUCCUUCGUUCAUGGUCUGCACGUCCUCGCCGAGACGCACUCAGUGCUGCGUGUGCGGUUCCGGCACGAUGGCUCAGCUCGAGGAAGCGGUGCAACUGGUGGCGGAUCGGAACGACGCAUUUCCCACAUCUGUUGGUCCGGAUCUGGUGCGGUUACGGAAGCAAAUCCGCGUGCAACACCGCACGCCGGUCAUGAGCCGCGCGGAAGGUAACUGGAAUUGUCGGGUAUACGGAAGUCGUGGUCACCGCCUGCAACGACGACGUGUCAGCACACUCGUCAUUGUUGCCAUUCUCAACACCGCCGGCGCGGAAGAAAAGACAAACAAGAGUGGGAUCAGCGCGAUGAGAGCGUCGGGCCAAGCCAACCGACCACCGCCACAAGGGCACUGGGACUAUCAUCUGCCAGCUCAACAGCGUUCUACAGCCCUCUACCUUCCGCGCGUCGUCUCAGAUGACGACUACGGCCCUCGUCCGCUUGCCCCAGAACGAGACCCGGUUUUUACAAGUUUUGGUCCCGAAGAACCGCGAGGCGGGCGCCGGGUAGUGCGGCACGCCGGGGUGACUAUUAACACCAAGCACGCCUUCAAACUUGCCAAAGCCGCCGGCUCCAAAGAAACAUGGCGCAAACAUUACGGGGAGGAGGAAGCGACCCCGGACGAGGGCCCGCUGGAAGAGAACCCCUCCAACUCGGCAUCCCUCGCGAGCCACAAGGCGGAGCAGCCCCGCGGCGGAUGGUGA